ACGAAAUAUUUUUCUCAUUUAGCAGACAAACUGAACUGAAGUGAAAUGUUUGAUGAAAUCGUUUGAGAAUUGUGGAAAACUAGUAGUUUAUCAAAUUUAAUUUUUAGAAGACUUAGUUUCUCUAGCAUAACUGUAGAAGAAAACAGAAGCGCAGGAAGGAAAAUAGAUUUCAGCCUUAAAAAUUGUAAAAAGAAUGAUAAAUUUAUUUUUCUCUAACGGUAGAGCUUAUGUUUGGAACCCAGAUGAUGUGUAUAUUUUGCGCAAAGAACACCAUAUUGUUGGCUCAUUGGUUGGUUGUUAUCCAACAAAACCUUUUCAGAUUCAUGCAAAAUGGCUUCCUCAACAGUUAAUGCCUGAAGAAACUACACUUUUGCUAGAAAAAGGUAUUGCUAAACUGAUUCCAAGUCCUCUUGGAGUUCCUGAGCAAUCUGUUGUUCAUUCCUAUUAUGAAAGAAAAGAAAAACUUUGUGAAGAACAA